AUGUCAUCGGAUGGCUCGCCGCCCGAUAGACAUGCACCGCCGCAUAUCCGCAUCAAUUCGGGCAGCGAAGAUCUCCUCAACAUGCAAUCACAGCAAGGCAAUUCGCAUUCACGCCCCAACACCUCUCGACAACCCGCAUCACGCUCUCUAAUGCCACAAUCCGCCCCCUCAUCUCGACCUGGCACCGCUCGCCUUGGCGCCACGUCAAGCAGCUCGCUGUACCAGCAGGCCGCCGAGUCCUCCGAGUUGCUCCUACCUCCCCGAAAAGGCAAGCCUCGCCGAUUUCGCGACGAUGACAGUAUACGCUCGCCCACUCCCAAUGGCGCGGGCAGCAGACGGACAUCUUGGUCUUCGGGCUCGGACAAGAGCAGAGACAGCAAUCACCACACCUCCCCCUUCAUCGGCCCCUUUGACGACUCGCGCACUCCGUCAAGAGCGGGCAGUGACGACGAGGGUGUCAACACGCAGACCGUGAGCGAAAAGUACAACAUCAUGCCCUCCGCCGGCCUGUUACUCUUUCCCGAGGAUGUGGAGAAAGACGACUGGCUUCAUACUCCCGAUCCCAACGAUAGAGACAAGCUGGAGUUGAAGGAUUUGUUCAGCAAACGUGGUAUUGUCAACGUCGGUGGAUUGCUGCUCAUCACCCUCGGCAUCUUGGUGCUCUUCAUCGGAUAUCCUAUCUUGACUUUUGUCAAGCCCCUUAUCGAUCCGGUGAAUUCAUGUUCAUCCAACCCCCUCUGCCUAAAUCAAAAAGCCUCGAUUCUAAAGAACGUGCGCACUGGCCUCAUCGACCCCGACACGCCAUCCAGCGCGAGAUCACGGACAAGCUCGACGGGUGGCACGCAGAAUCUCGUCUUCAGCGACGAGUUCAACACCCCCGGCCGCACCUUCUACGAUGGUGAUGACGCUUUCUGGCAGGGCGUCGACUUGUGGUAUGGCGCGACGCAAGACAUCGAGUAUUACGACCCCGAUGCGAUCACCACCGCCGACGGCUACUUGGCCAUUCGCUUCGAUGCCUUCCAGAACCACGAUCUCAACUACCGAUCUGGCAUGUUGCAAUCCUGGAACAAGCUGUGCUUCAAGGGCGGCUACAUGGAAGCAUCCAUCUCUCUCCCCGGCCGAGGUGAUACCAGCGGCUUCUGGCCCGGUUUCUGGGCCAUGGGCAACCUUGGUCGACCCGGUUACCUGGCCACGACAGAGGGCAUGUGGCCAUACAGCUACCAUGACGAAUGUGACGCUGGCAUUACCCCUAAUCAGUCCGAUCCCAGCGGCGUGAGCAGCUUGCCAGGCAUGAGACUCCCAGCCUGUGUAUGCGAGGGCCAAGACGGCCUCACUGCCGGAACCAGUCGCAGCGCCCCCGAAAUCGAUGCCAUCGAGGCCACGGUCACAUACCUCACGCCACCAGCCUUCGACGCCAUCGGCUCAGCAUCGCAAUCCUUCCAAAUGGCGCCCUUUGACGUCUUCUGGCGACCAAACACCGAGUUCAUCGAGAUUUACGACCGUUCCGUGUCCAGCGCCAACCCCUACCAGGGCGGCCCUCUUCAACAAGCCCUCUCGGGCCUAACGAACCUCAACAACGACUGGUACGACGGCCAGGCCUACCAAUCCUACGGCUUCGAGUACGAACCCGGCGACAGUGGUUACGUAACCUGGUACGUGGGCGGUGACACGACCUGGACAAUCGAUGCACGCGCCAUCGGCCCCAACGGCAACGUCGGGCAGCGCGUCAUGCCGGAGGAACCCAUGAGCAUGAUUGUGAACUUCGGCAUGGCAUCGAACUUCGCGCCUUUGAAUUUCACCGGUCUCGCGCCCCUUUUCCCCGCCACCAUGCGCAUCGACUAUGUCCGCAUCUACCAGGACGACGACGGAGAAAUCGGGUGUGACCCGGACGGCUACGAGACGACCGAGUACAUUGCGAACCACCCCAAGGCGUACCUGAACCCUAACAUGACUAGCUGGGCUUCCACCGGCUACUCGUGGCCCUCCAACUCGUACAUGGACGGCUGCCAGGCAGCGUCGAGCAGCAGCUCCAAGGCCCGCAAAGCGAAGCGAUCGGAGCAGAGGCUGCGGAAGAGGGAGCUGCGCGACAAGCGCUCGCUCGCCACCACCUCGCCUUCCUCGCUUUCGUCUACUGCUUCCGCUUUAUUACGCAAACCCGUGGACUGGGUUCGGAAUCGUCUUUAG